AAUAGUGGGAUAUGUUUGGGACUUUGAGCUCAAAAAUGGUAUUGCUAACACUUUUGAUUUGAUAUUUGCAAAUGACUAUUAAUAAUGACUUUUAGUAAAAGUCAUAGAGCUCAAGAAGUCCCAUUUUAAAGUAAAGACUCGUAUAUGACUAAUAGGUUAGUGAAAUACAAAAAAUUGACUAUUUUUCUUAUUUUCCAAAUAUCUGACUUAUCCGGCCCGCUACUUCCAUCCCAGCCCAUUAUUUUGUUUUCGUCUCUGAAGUCAGGCCAACAUCAUCAUUCAUCAACCAAGGAACGCCAUAGCCUGUCGCAUGAGCAGACAUCUCCAAAGGCUGUCGUAGGAGCAGAGGAGACCACUCCCCAGGCCGUCUCCGUCGCAUCCACGGACAGAGCAGAGGGAUCGCCGCCGGCGCCGCCCUCGCCCUAGUCUUUGCCGUCCGCGCUCCCGUCUUCUCCCUACGCAGUGCGGCCGGGUGAUCUAGAUCUAGAUUACGGCAGCUAGCUUUGAGGUUGGGAGGUGGUAUUGCGAUGGCUUGGGCCGGGAUUUGGGACAAGGGCUGGGGCAGGGGAACUUUGGGACGGGACUGGGGGGAGGGUGGGGAGGGGGCUGGUGGGUUGGGGAGGGGCGGGGUAAGGCAGCGGUUGUCAACGGGUCAUUGUUGGGGUGUGUUCGGGGCUGAGUGCGAGUGUGGGAGUCGGGUGAUCGGUCACAAUGUUGGUGGCGACAAUUUCACCGAACCGGAAACGGUCCCAGUGACAUGUUUUCCGACGGUAACUGUAGAAGUAGUAAAUAAGACGAUGGUCACUGGAGAGGUAGUAACUGAGAUGGACGGUGUCACCGGAACGCUAGCUACUAACUGGGACAGUGAUCACUGGAGCGAUGGUAAUUGAGGCGAUGUCACUGAGACGAUGUCAUUGGACUGUAGUAUUUAUGAUGAAGCAUGACGGUAACGAGAAAAGUAAAUAACUGAGACGGCGAUCAAUGGAGUGGUAGUAACUGAGACGAUGUCUUCUACGUUGGUGGUAAAUGAAACGAUAGUCACUGUAGCGGUAAUAAUUGAGAUGAUGUCACUGGAGCGGAAGUAAUUGAGACAGUGUCACUACUCACUACUGUGGUUGUAACUAGGAUAAUGACGUGGAACGCUAGUUGUAACUGGGAUGGUGAUCACCCCGAUAAUUGUCACACAAAUUUCAUUUCCGAAUUUCUUUUUCAGAAAUAAAAUUAAAAUAAAAAACAUUAAUU